AUGCCCGCUAAAGAGUCGCAAAAGAUUUGUAUGGACUGCAAAGAUGCAGAUGCCAUCCUACACACCCGGCAUAGGCAUUAUUGUGGGGCUUGCUUCAAGCGAUUUCUGUCCCACAAGGUCGCCAUGCGCAUGUCGAAGUUUAAGCAAAUGAAAAAAUCGAAUGGGAAGGCACCCAAGCUCUUGCUUCCCCUGUCCCUCGGCAUAUCAUCCUCGGUUUUGUUACAAAUAAUUAAUGAGGAUAUCGGGCGCCAGUUUGCCAAGACCUUUGUCAACGUUGGCUUCGAGGUACACGUGCUCGUUGUUGAUGCACAAGGCGGUGCUAAUGACGAUGUAUACGAUGCAGUCAGCAAGGCUUUCUCCAGACUCUCCUUCACGAAAUUGCCACUGCACAGCGUCUUCGAGUACGUGUCAGAAAUGGGGGAGAUCAUUGCGGAAUAUGCCAAUCAGAAUUUUGUCGACCAGGAGCAGGCGACAAACGAGGAUCGUCUUACGGCUUUCCGUACAACGAUCUCAAGUCCUACAUCCAGGAGUGACUUGGACUCAGUGCUUCUGACUCGUCUGGUUGUUGAAUAUGCAAAGAGUCUGAAUUGUGAGGCUGUCAUCUGGGGCGACUCGGACACUCGUCUCGCCGCGAAAACAUUAGCAAGUGUCGCCAAGGGUCGUGGUGCUUCUUUGACUUGGUCUGUGUCUGACGGCAUGUCACCGUGGGGCGUCAACUUUGACUUCCCAUUGCGUGAUCUUUCGAAGCCUGAAUUGGAGCAGUACUUGAGCGUUUGUGAGGAACUUUCGGGUCUCGUGGUACCUGAUGCGCCUAUUUCAGAGGAUGUCUUGACCAAAAAUCUCUCCAUCGACGAUCUCAUGAUGCGCUACGUACGGACGCAAGGCGAAAAGUAUCGAGGUGUGAUGGCGAAUGUCUCGAGAACUGCAAACAAGCUGCAGUCAACUAUUGGCUCUGACGAUCCCUCGUGUCCGCUGUGCGGAGGACUGGUCGGGAACGUCAAGGGCAAUUCGGGUGUUACUGUUGCAAAUCAGUCAAGCGAUAAUUACAGCGCCAAAUUUUGCUAUGGUUGCAUGCGGUCCCGACCAGAGUCAUCGAUCAAAUAA